AUGGCGUCUAAGGUCUCGGAACUGUACAAGGCCUCCCCGGACGAGUCUUUUGCCGUCAUCGGUGGUGAAGGCUUCCUGGGGCAAGCCUUAGUGCAGGCCUUGCAACGCGCGUUCCCGUCGCAUCGUGUCACCUCGCUCGGGCUCACCCAGCGCACCUUCACACCUGGCUAUCGCUUCUUUCGCACCGACAUCACCUCCGAGACCUCGCUGUUGGACUCCUUCAAGAACGCAGGCGCGACGACCGUGUUCCACAUGGCAUCUCCCCACGCCGGAGCCAAGGCCGAGCUGUGCGAAAACGUCAACGUCGUCGGCACCGCCAACGUCAUCAAGGCCUGUCGCGACGCCAAGGUGACCAAGCUCAUUUUUACGAGCAGUGUCACCGUAUGCUUUGACGCGGAGGCGAUGCGCAACGUCGAUGAACGCUUGCCGACGACGAGCAAACUCGAUCCGCCCUAUGUCUCGACCAAGGUCAGUCUUCGGUGCAGAUCGGCGUAUGUCUGACGGGGACGUUCGGCUCAAACAAUCUGCUCUCUUUUUGUGUAGGUCAAGGCAGAAAAGUUGGUCAUCGAGGCCAGUGGGAAAGCCGGGCUCUCGACCUGCUCGAUUCGGUUGUGUGGCAUCUUUGGGUGAGAAACGAGCACCGUGUUCAUAAACCUGGAUUGCACCUCAUCUGACGUGUGGCCCCCACCUUUUCAGAGCCGGUGAUCGACAAGCCGUACCGGGCUUCAUGGGUGUCCUCAAGGCCAGACAGACGUGCUUCCAACUUGGGUCCAACAAGUACCUCUUUGAUUUUGUCCACGUCGCGAACGUCGUCCACGCGCACAUCCUCGCCUCGUCUCGCAUGCACGAUGCCCCCUUGCCCCUCUCCGACCUCAGCAAACCCCUCCCUGUCAUCUCAAUCGAUACACCUCGACGACCCUUACCCAUUUCGACCCAUACCGACGUCGUCACUUCCCCGCCCCCCGCCGAUCCCCCCAUCCCCCAUCGCCACAACCGCUUCAACCAAUUCUACGACGUCCCCGACCGCUCCGUCCUCGCCGUCCCAGGACAAAUUUUCAUCAUCACCAACGGCGAGCCUGUCGCGUUCUGGUCCUUCGCCCGAGCCCUUUGGUACGCUUACAAUGGCCACGUCCCAGCUUUCACGUUGCAAAUCCCCGAAACGAUGGGCAUGGCUUUAGCGGCUGUGGCCGAAGCGGUGGCCUGGCUGAGGGGUAUCCCGAAGGAGGAUUGUGGGUUGCCUAGAGCGCAUGUGCAGUACGUCGUCAGUGAUAUGUACUUCGAUAUCGAAAAGGUCAGUCCCGCGAUUCUCCGGCAAGAUUACGAGUAGCGGAUCUGAUGUGAAGAUUGAUAUCUCAUAGGCUCGCCGAGUGUUGGGGUACGAGCCAAUCAUUUCCCUGCAGGAAGGCAUCAAGGAAGCGAUAGAGGUAUGUCCGAAAAUCGACUCUAUGUGAAGAUCAUUUAAUCAACCUCUCUUCUCUUCGAUUGGCGUGCUUCUAGGACUACAAGAACGCCGAAGCUGCAGCCCUGGCAUAG